AUGGAGAACGCUGAAUCUACGGUUUCCCGGGCACGCAGAUCGUCCGGAAGCAGAUCGUCUGCCGCAAGUCUAACGUUAGCAGCUGCCACAGCACGUGCAAAAGCAGAAGCUGCCCAGGCCAGAGCUGCAUUUGCAAAGAAAGAAAUAGAAAUUAAACUAGAAAAAGCUAGAUUGGAAGCAACACUCCAUGCACUCGAGAAAGAAGGUGAAGCACAAGCUGCCGCCGCCGAAGCAGCAGUGAUGGAGGACGCUGCUGCAAGACUGGAAACGACAGUGGAACAUUAUAUUCAUCUGCCCUCACUCCAAAGCGCCCAUGAGCGGACAGCUGAAUACAUAAGAAAACACAGUGAGCCCAGCAUUGAGCCCAGUGAUAAAGAGCCACGUGAAAUAAACACAAAGGACAUUAAACUAGAUGAAGGGAUGAACAAAGUAAAAAUUAAGGAAUCAGAUAGGGAACAGGAAUCUGUACCCACAGUCUCAAAAGACUAUCAGCCCCAAAGACCCCCAGAAAACAGUGCCCAUAAUAUUCCUAUGUAUACAUCGCCCUCUACUGUCCGCAACCAGUAUUACUCACCCGCUCAAUAUCUUUCUAAUGACACUAAUGAACUUGCUAAAUAUCUAGUAAGGAGUCAGUUGUUAACGUCUGAGCUCACAAAGUUUGAUGACAAACCAGAAAAUUAUUUAGCUUGGAAAUCAUCAUUCACUAACGCUACCGAGAGUCUUGAUCUUAAAGCUGGGGAAGAAAUUGACCUCCUGAUUAAAUCACUGGGCCCAGAGUCAGUUAAACAUGCACGUCGUAUCAGAGCAGUGAAUAUAAAUAAAUCACCAGCUGCAUUACAACUCAUCUGGGACAGGCUAGAAGAGACCUAUGGUUCGCCAGAGGCCAUAGAGGGCGCUCUUUUUGCAAAACUUGACCAGUUCCCCAAAAUAGGGCCAAAAGAUCACCUAAAACUAAGAGAGCUAAGCGAUUUACUGUUGGAAAUGAAUUCAGCAAUGCAAGAAGGAUAUUUACAUGGACUGUCCUAUCUUGAUACGGCAAGAGGCAUCGCUCCAAUCGUGGAAAAAUUGCCGUAUGGACUACAAGACAGAUGGAUGAUGGAAGGCUCGCGCUACAAACAGGAAUAUAAAGUAAUUUUUCCUCCUUUUACCUUCUUUCUGCAGUUUAUUCAGACACAAGCAAAGGCACACAACGACCCAAGCUUCCAUAUCCAGCCAUCAUUCAUCAGCAGAGUAAAAAAGGACAGAUUUGGAGAAAAUUACAGUAACAACCGCAGAACAGUUUCAGUGCAUAAAACAAGCGUAACAGCCACACCCACUAAUGAACCAGACAAAUGGUGUCCUGUACAUAACAGACCUCAUGCACUACAACAUUGUAGAGGUUUUAAGGAAAAACCUCUACAAGAAAGGAAGGGACUGUUAAAGCAACAUAAUAUAUGUUACAAGUGCUGUGUAUCUACCAGACAUGUGGCUCGUAACUGUGAAGCAGCAGUUAAAUGUUCUGAAUGUGACUCUGACAAGCACCUUUCUGCCUUGCAUCCAGACUCACCUUCCCUUCCUCUCAGGUCUUCCUUACCUCCAGCAUAUCACGGCGGGGAGCAAGAAGAUGGGCAGGAGGAAACAGUCGUUGCAAGUUGCACUGAGUUUCACACCUGCCAUAUGAAAACGGGUCCAACUCAUCCUGACGUCUGCGACUUCUUGUGUGGGGGUGUUUAACUAACUGGAAAGUGAAAAGGUUUCAUGAAGCCAGUACAGGUACCAAUACUUCCGUUUAACUGACUAUGUCACGCGCAUACGUCAUCAUACAGAGACGUUUCAGCCGGAUAUUUCCUGGGAAAUUUAAAAUUGCACUUUAUAAGUUAACCCGGCCGUAUUGGCAUGUGUUGCAAUGUUAAGAUUUCAUCAUUGAUAUAUAAACUAUCAGACUGCGUGGUCGGUAGUAGUGGGUUUCAGUAGGUCUUUAACAACCGAUGGACGUAAUACUGCCCCAAGUGAUGGAAAAGUAUAUUACAACAGAGUACCGCUGCGGCCCAUACAGACCACAGCUAAGAAACAGAUGCAAGGCCGCUCGAGGCCAAACAAUCUACGGUAAUCUAUAUGACAGUGAUCUAGUGUUUUUAGGGAUUUGCUAGAAAAAUGUGAGUGUCGCUUAAGUUUUUUUAACUGAACUCGAGGGCCGUUUGAUGUCAUUCCCAGGCCACCAGUUGAAUAGCUCUGCUCUGGAUAGUCAUCGUUAUCUCGGUGCUCCGCCAGAGUGGCUUUGGCUCCUGAGGACCUCACUAAACAAUCCAAUGUCUCUGUAUAUUUGUGUUUUAGCCUUUUUCUUUGUAGUAGCAAACGUUGCAAAUUAGAUCUGCUUAUGUAUAGGGAUACCCACUAAGAAAACGGCCCCCUAGAUUUCUCUCAUAGUCCCAGAUUUCCGUCCAUCCAUUUUCUACCGCUUGACGAUGAAAAUCCUUAGCUGAAGAAAACCUUAAUUUACGGCAUAGCUUUUUCAUGUUUAAAUUUUGUGUUAAAUGUAAGUAAGGAAAGCAUUGAAAAACAUCAAUCAAGCAAAUAAAACGCAUGCGUCUGGAGACUAAUUUACUGGUCUAACAUGUUCUGAAUUGCACACAUCAAAAACAAUUCCUACAUAUAAAUGAAGUUAUAACUUAUUGGUGAUGGUCAAUCAAUGCAAUGUUUAACUUAAUAUUGCAUAAUCUAUCAUAUUAUUGUAGAGAUGUUAUUGUUGACUUUAGCUGCUUUAGAUUUGUGUGAGUUGUCUUUUAUUUCCUUGUAGUUGAGAUGAUGUCAUCUUCAGUAUUUGUUCAGUUGAUUGAUGUUCAUUGAAGUACUUUGUAUUCUUCCAAUCCUCCAUUUACUUUGGUGUAUAUUUUACAGCUGGCGCUCCAAGUAUCUUGAAUUUGUCCCGGCUUACUUUAAACUGUGUGCUUUUUUGGCGAUGUCAGUGUUGUGUUUUGUCAGAUGCUAAUUGAUGUGGACGUUUGUUCCUUUCAGCUUGACUCUCUGUCUCAAAAAAGCCACAUUGUUUUUUGGUUGGUGAGCUGUGUUGUUAAUCCUGACAGACAUUUGGAAUGCAUGCAUUGAUCUUGUUGACUUCCACAUCCACCCGCUUUGUUUGCAGAAAGUUGGCCACCUGUUGCUCUGUUGAGGCAGCAGCAUCGUGUCCACCUCUGUUAUCAGAUUACUUCUUUUUUUUUUUUUUACCUCCGCCAGGAGGUAAAUGUAAUCGCCGAAGUUUGUUUGUCUGUCAGUUAGUUAGUUGGCUAGUUAGUUAGCAACAUAACUCAAAGAAUUAUGGGGUGGAUUUUAAUGAAACUUUCAGGAAAUGUCAGAAAUUGGAUAAGGAAAAAGUGUUUGGAUUUUGGGGGUGAUUCAAAUCAGUUCUAUCAAGUUACCUUACGUUUACAUUACAAGGCCCAACUUCUCUUUUACCGCCUCCACGCACAUAGACAAAGAGAGUUUACUGACAAGAGGGUUCACUCUGUUUACUUCAGCAAAAUAGCUCAAAAAAUGAUGGCCGAAUUUGGAUGAAACUUUCAGGAAAUGUCAGAAAUGGGAAAAGGAACAAGUCAUUCAAUUUGAAAUCCGAAUUGCUGCCUCGAUUCUCCACACCCAAAAGUGGUUUUAGCAACAUAAAUGCCGGAGAAGGUGUCUGUACCGUCAAAUAGGCGGAGGCCAUAACUCACACGCAAAAAGGAAAACAAAAAUUCUGCUGUCAUCCAGAUUUAGCCUUGCCCAAAAAAUACUUUGGGGAGCGUGUAUGCUUGUUUACACUAUGCUGUUUGUGAUAAAUAACAGUGAUCAUGGCAGGUUACAAUAGCAGUUUGUUUUCAUGGAAGUGAAAACAACUGUGAAGACAGCAACUCUCGCUGGAAAAGCAAGUCAUGAUUUGAUAAUCCGUGGCCAUAACAAGUGGCUUGUCAACAUUUACUUAUUGCUAUGCACUUCACUGCCAUUUAACGCUCAACCAAAACAGUGAAAAAAAAAUCAGUUUUAUUUCACAGACUGUGAUCAUAACUUUUUGGGGGGGUUUAUGUUAUUGUUAGUCUUCUAACUCAAAAAAGGAUGAUAUAAUACAACACCUAUAUUAAUCUUGGUACUAUUCUUAUAGUGACAGUAAAACAUCCUUCUUCUGGGCAUACAUUAUGUAAUGUAUAUGUUGUGCAAAUAUGUAUCUUGCGUGAUGACAUGUUCGCCUUCGAAGUUCAUAUUAAUAGUACUAUAGUACAGGUAGUUAUGAUAUGAUAAAUAUUUACCUAAACAUAAUUUUUUUGGGGGGGUUGCAAUAUGCUGAUGGAUGCUGUCUAUUGGCACAGCCUUGUAAUUCAUAACCUGAGCAAACAGCAAUGGUUCAUCGAUCUUCAUGAUGUCAAAGAAGGAGAAGCUAUACAUUUAUUUUUAUUGCAAGAUCUCUGCUGGGCAAACUGCCGCAGUGCGUUGUAUCUUAUUGACAUGUCAACCCAGAAGCAAUAACAGCAGAUCAUCAGAGAAAAUUAUGCUCACAUUUGCAACCAACUGCACAUAGCAGGCUAAAUCUGCUUUUUGCCGCCCUGCUUCAUUAGUCUGGAAUGAGCUACUCGGCACACUCAUAUUGAAGAGCCACUUUACAUAUUACAGUAUAUUUAGAAAUAUUCAAAUAUUGUUUUUACCUAACAGUGUCAUGGAUUUUAUUUUUGUUUUUUUGUUGAAGGAGGUUGUUCGACUAGUUCUGAGGCUAUCGGUUAUUUUAGCAAUCGAGCAAUCUAUUAAUUAGUUUUUUCAAUUAAUUAAGUAAUCACAUAAAACCCACACUAUGGCCUCAAUGCAUAUUUAGGAGAAAUAAUUGAAAUAAACAAAGAUUAUUCUGCUUGAUAUAACCUUCAUUCUUUUUUCUAAUAAAUCAUUGAAAAAGCACUUCAUUUGCAUUAAUACAAAAUGAAAAUACAAAAAUCUCUCGGCUGUUUGCUGCCAUACAGAUUACAGCACACACACACACCAACACUCUUGUAUGCGCUCUAUUGCUGUGGCCGUGCAGAAACUAUGUCUGUGUAUUUAAAGUUCCAUGUGGUGUGGAUUUAAUUUUUUUUUUUUGUUACAGUCAAAACAAAUAAUCGAAGCAACAGAGUAUAAAUUCAAGCUUUUUCUAAUCAAAUUAAUAGAUUUCAUCGAUUAAUUGUUGCAACUCUUUAUUUGACUAACAUGCUUUACAGAUUCUGAAUUAACAAAAUGUUCCUAAUUGGAAAUAAAAUUUGCAUUAUAAAAAAUUGAAAUAAAUUAGGGCUGUCAAGGUUAACACGUUAACACAUGAUUAAUUUAAAAAAUAUCCCAAUAAUCAUAAAUAAACACAGAUUUAUGAUUGAAUAUAUAUUGACCGCACAUGCUCCUUUACCUUAACCACAAAUGGUUACCUGAAUGGCGGCGCAGAUUGAUUUAAAACCAGUGAUCAGGUCAAUGCACACAUCAGUGCAGAUGAGUGAGGAGACUCCCACUGAUGUGCUCGCUGGUGAAUGUCGCUUCAUCAGCUAUUUUCAGUAUUAUUCCUGAAUUCUUCAAAAUGUGCACUAUGCUGUUACUAAUUUUUCAGCAAAAAUAUGACAUGCAUUCAAUAAAACAUCUAUGACGUCUAUGACAUUCUGAUCGUAAAAUGACAUUUAAUGCAGUAACAUUUAAUUCUGUGCUGUGUUUAUGUUUUGGAUUGUCCUUACACAUUCAUCGUUCACUCUGUCCUGUGCACCUCAUUCACUGUCUGGUUUGGAUCUGCAACCAAGCUGGACAGACACCGACUGAAACGGACAAUCAGGACUGCAGAAAAGCUAAUCAGUGUCGACUUUCCCUCCAUUCAGGAAAACGAACAUGUAGCAUCACUGCAGACCCCUCCCACCUUGGUCACAAACAGUUCAAACUCCUCCCUUCCGGCAGGCGUUACAAAUCACUGUACGCCAAAACUACCCGUCAUAAGAACUGUUUCUUCCCUCAGGCGUUCAAUCUGACGAACGCUGUGAAAUAACUCUGGAACUAAUCUGUCACUGUGAAUGUUCAAUUCAUCAUCUUUGUGCUUUGCUCUAUUCACCACUGCACUAUUAUUUAUUAGCCCUGCACAUGUAUGUUAUUUAAGUAAUUGUUUAUAUGUUUAGAUAAUAUUGUUUACAUUGAACU